ACUUUUUUCUUAUAUCUUUCAUGAACGAACAAGAAAUAGAUCACUUUUGCGUUGUGACGGGCGCAACUAGGCAAGAAGCCGAAAGCUAUCUCCAAAUUGCCGAUGGUGAUGUUGAAACAGCUGUAACACUUUACCUUGAGAAUGGAGAAACAAGUCAUCAACCUCAAGUCUCGGAACGUUCCUUGAGAACUUCUCAUUAUGAUGCAGACGAAGAACUUGCCAGGCAAUUCGAGGCUGAAGAGAAGAUUAAAGAGCCUGUACGUGCACCCAUUGCCCCACGUCAUGACAUUCUAUCUGGAACAUCGUCUAUAUUUGAUGAGAAUGCUAUCUGGGGUUUGCGCGAAUCAAUGCACAAUACAAACCGUUCAGUAUUUAACCAAGGCGAUUCGUCUUCAAGCACAAAUCCUACGCCUGAUUUCUUUACUGCUUUUCCUACAAGUGAUCAAACUACAGCUGGACAUCAUGCCGUUGAUAGUGCAGCUACAGCAAAGGCAAAACGGCUGGCUGAUCUUUUCCGACCUCCAUUUGACAUCAUGUUUCGAGGAGGAUUUGAAGAAGCUAGAGACAAUGCACGAGAAUCGAACAAAUGGCUAUUGAUAAACGUUCAGGAUCCAGCAGAAUUUUCUUGUCAGAUACUGAACAGGGAUUUGUGGAGUGAUAUUACAGUCAAAGACAUUAUCAAAGAAUCAUUUAUCUUUCUUCAGUAUGGAAGAGACAGUCCUGAAGGAAAACGUUAUUUGACCCUUUAUCCUACUCAACACUACCCUCAUGUAGCAAUCAUUGACGCUCGAACUGGUGAAAGAAUCAAGGUGUGGGACAAACAGUUGUCUGCGUCAGAUUUUAUGAUGAAUGCAACCGAGUUUUUGGAGCGUCAAUCCUCGGACAGAUCUAGACCGGCUGCAAUGAAAAGACCACGUGUAACAAAGGAUGUGUUGGAUAUGAGCGAAGAGGAACAGAUUAAUGCGGCAAUUGCAGCGUCACUAAAGGCUUAUGGAAAUGCACCAGAAAGAGAAGAUUCGGUUGACAUUGAUGAGCAUGAUGUAUCUGGCGGAGCUGUGGAUGACGCUGUUGAGCCACAUGGAGAAACUGAGGACUUUGAAGACAUUGAAGAGGAAGAACCCGCAGUUACUGGAUCUCUAUUGGAUUCUAUAAAGGCAAACAAACGACCAGAACCAACAAACCUUGCUGAUUCUACCCGUAUACAGUUCCGCUUAGUUGAUGGAAAACGUGUGAUUCGGCGGUUUAUGAAGACAGAUCCUGUGAGGUAUCUCUUUGAGUUUGUCAAGGCUGAAGUUCCUCAGACAGAACAGCAGGGAUUCGAGUUGGUUUUUAAUCGAAAGCAAUUGAUUGAUAUGCUGGAACAGACAAUUCAAGAGGCUGGUUUAGAAAAUUCGGCUGUAAACUUUGUCCUAGCAUAAAUAUAUAUAUACAUACCACACAC